GCCUCACAGAUGUCUAUAGAUUUCCUGCUUCAGCAGCAUAGCCGGAUGUAUGGGCAGUACACAUACACUACAGUGUAUCGUUUUGCAAUUAUUGUUCAUCACCUAAUGAGAUGACCAAGAUAAAAACAAUCGUGCCCAAGGGGGACGAGGAAGGAAGAAUUGGGUAGGAUAGACUUGUCAAAGAUUUCUGGCUUAAAAGAGGCUCAUUCAGCUAAUAGUUUUGUGAUUGUUCAGUGGGGUGAAAAAGACUGACUGAUAUUUAAAUCCCUCCAUCUGUGAAAUCAGGUUACAGGUUUAUCUAGAACUUACAGUAGUUCUGCGAAGUAGUUCGCCAAAAAGGUUAUAAGAAUGGCGAAUGAGUUCAGACUGAUUUGAACAUUGACCAUUAUUGGAAGUUGGAAGCUUUGAUGUAGCCUACCUCCAUUGUAAAACGGCUGAGUGAAGGUGUUGUAAUUGAAUUGGUUUCUUUUCAAAUAGUGGAAGGGUGGUCUAGGUUGUGACUGUAUCAUGGGCAGUAACACUUCUUGUCAGUAGCUGGCUGACUCAAUGAUGCAGGAGUUGCCAGGAACCUCCGAUAGUAACAGGGACCUCAGCUUCCUGGAGGCCGUCCUGCAGAAAAAAGACGUGGACCUCAGUUUACAGAAGAGCGAGGCAGGCUCGCGGGUCUCUGUUCUUCGGCAGAACGGCAACGUGAGCCGCCCAUCGAGCCUCUCCAAGAGAGGCAGCAUCAACCUGUCGCGACAGAGCCUGGACUCGUCCAAAGAUUCGCUGGUCUAUCGCUGUGAGAGCAGCCCAGUGUCGAGACUCCUGGUCAGUCUGGGUCACUUGUCCCUGGUUGCCCUCAUCCUGGCCGUGCUGGCAGUACAGCUACUACUCUCCAUAGCACAGGUAAACUACGCCCCCAGUCAUGAUACUCUUGUCAACAACUCCUUUGUGUUCGAGGAUGUGCUGGAAGUGGGUGUUGCCAUGACAACUCUUGUGGUGGUCCUCAACCUGUGCUGCCUCAUUGUCUGCACAAUGCAGGUUUUCUUUGUGGCCAAAAUUCUCAGUCUGCCUCAGGGUGAAGAAAGGGCCAAGAAGUAUUUGGCUGAAUGCUCCAGCAGCCGCCUUAUGGCCGUCAUGGGGUUCUUUGUUUCUGUUCCAGCAUUCUUUAUCAGUUUGAUACUGUUCACACUCCUGAAGUUCCGAUCAACCCCUGCGAUUGUGUCCACAGGCGUACUGGCCGUGGGCAUCCUAAUGUGUCUGUUAACCAUGAUGCAGAAUACAUACCACUGGCGUGUGGAGAAAGAGAGGGCGGAUGAUGGGUUCCCAGCCUACGACCCGCCACCCAGUUCCAUGUACAAAUCUGCCCCACUAGAAUUAGGCCCUACAAAGAGUGAGCUGUCCACACUUGUCUGACUGUUAAGGGCAAAGAGUUUUAGCAAGGACAUUCAUGUGUUUAGUAAUUGUGGAUCACAGACAAUCAGUUUAGUAAUGCUGCAGCAUGGACUGUCAUGUGUUUAGGAAUGCCGCAGCAUGGGCUAUCACCUGUUAAGUAAUGCUGCAGCAUGGACUAUCACGUGUUUAAUAAUGCCUCAGCAGGGACUAACACAUAUUUAGUAAUGCUGCAGCAGGGACUAUCACAUUUGUAGUAAAGCCACAUGGACAAUCACGUGUUUAGUAAUGCCUCAGCAGGGACUAUCACAUGUUAGGAAUAUUGCAG